CGUGGUACAAGUCAUUCAGUUUGUAUAGAGACGUAAAUAACAUCGUGAGGGAUAAACCUAAGAAAAAGUGGAUCACAAAGUGCUAAAUUAGGUAAAAGAUGCGGGGGGGCUUACUUGGAAGUUUGUGCUUCCUAGCCUUCCUGUUAUCCUCGGGUACCAAAGGUCAAAAUGUUUUAAAUUCCCAAGAUCUCCAAGCUUCAAAGAGUGACGCACGAGCAGACACAGAACCUGAUUUAGAACAAAAAACGGAUGACUCAAAUGACAAAUCUGCCCAAGAUGAAAUUGAUCUUAAAUACUCUGAUGCCCAUGCUGAUAGCGUGAAUCCAGGAAACUCAACAAGACCUAACUGGGCUGUUCCACCCUGGGGAUCAAAUACAUAUACAGAAGGAGGAAACGCCCAAGCAUUAGCAAAUGCGCAGGCGUCAGAAUAUACAGCUGGCAAUAAUCCUGGCCACGGUUAUCCCAGUUCAAAUCCAGUUGAUGCAUAUGCUGAUGCUAACGCUUUAGCUAACGCAGGCGGUGGAUUUCCGUAUGGCUCCUCAGGAUUCAUGUCGGGUACUGUUCAAGACGAAUCUGAAUUAAACUCUUAUGCCCAAGCAGUAGCAGAAAAUCUAUCAGAAAGAAAAGAGCUUGAUAUCGACGACGCUCCUGAUGAAGAAAGCAGAAUGGGAGGAGGAUUUAGUUUUAACGGAGAUUUUACUGCUGCUGUAUCAAGAAAAGUUCCACAAAAUGAAAUUAUACAGCCAGAUUUGAUGCCAGGAGGUCUGAACUUGAUCAAGUGUACGCGAGAAACUGAAAUCCACACUCUUUGGGCUCCGGCAUUGCAAUGCCUGGUCUGCGUCUGCGUUCGAGACGGAUGGGCUUUAAGAUCCAAAUGUGUCAGAUGUAGCUCGUGUGCGAACAGACCACCACCACCACCACCACCACCACCACCGUCUCCUAUUCCAACGCCAUCACCACCUUUAAUACCUGAGCCACAAGUUUCUUGUUCACCGUUACCAAGUAACACGCCAUUCGAAAAUCCAUUGAAUCCAUGCCAAACGUGCAUAUGCCAGAACAUUAUAAACGCUUUUGGCCAAGUGGACGUUCAGAUCAAAUGCGAAGAAAAUCCAAUUUGCGUAACACCCCCUGGAUUCAUCCCGAUUCCUCCGCCACCAGAGCCACCAAUACCUCAGCCAAUGCCUCUCUGCGAGAGCUUACCUAUCAAUGUGCAGUUCCCUCAUCCAACUGAGAACUGUAAGAUAUGUAGGUGCGUGGUAGAGAUGACUCCCUACCUCAUUCCAGAAAGGAGGAUGCUAUGUGAACCGGAUAUCGAUUGUGAAACAAUUCGCAAAGUGCCAGUGCUACCAACACCACCACUUCCUCCACCACAGCCACCACUACCGCCACCGAUGCCACCAGUUACUGAAUUCCCAAUAAUACCAUACCCAACCCCACCACAGCCCCCAUUGCCACCUAUAACUCCACCAACAGACAUAGAUCCAGUUCCUUGGCCACCAGUUGUACCACCAAUGCCACGGCCACCAAGCCCGCUUCCUGGACCACCACCGCAUGAGACUUGCAGACCGUAUCCUCCCAAUACACCCUUCCAGCAUCCAUGGGACGAGUGUCAAAUCUGUAUAUGCAGCGAGAUUUACGGCACCAAUGUAGUCAACAUCGAAGUUAACUGCUACACUAAGAAAUCAUGCUGUAUCGAGCCUCCAAUACCGGAACCUGCACCAGCUCUACCUUAUCUACGGAACCUAAUAUUUAUUGAGCCAAAAUGCCGAUACCAUUCCCCGAACGAGCCGUACGUCGUAGACUGCAACAUCUGCGUGUGUGAAACAGUGUUCCAAUAUGUUUACGCGAAAUGUACUCCUCAACCUAACUGUGGUCAAUCACCACAAUAUUAUGGUCAAAUGGGCCAAAUACCAUAUGGUUUAAUACCAGGCAGCAGCGUAGACGCAUCAGCAGCAGCGUUCGCUAAAACUAGUGGAAUUGGUUACCCUCAAGGCCAAGCCAGCGGUUCUGUGAUGGCAGAUACUUUUGCCAGUAGUGGCAGCCAAUAUCCUUUCAUUGGAUCUCCUUCCAGCUAUAGUUCAGUCGAUGCUUCAGCAAAUGCGCAAUCUAGCAAUCGAUAUCCUUUUGUCAAUUCUUAUCCAUAUACCACAGGGCAGACUAGUGCACAGGCUCAAGCAGAAGCCUUUGCCAACGCUCAAUCAGGAAAUGAAAAUCUAUACCCUUACAGCAAUUCAUAUACAUAUUCUGAAGGUGGACAGUCCAGUGCACAAGCCCAAGCUGAAGCUUUAGCGACUCCUCAAUCGUCUCUCAUGUCUCCAUAUCCCGUUUAUCCAUACUCCUCAAGUGGUCAAUCUAGUGCUCUUGCCGAAUCAGAAACAUUAGCGCAGUCGAGCAAUUAUGGUCAGUCAAGUGCGCAGGCACAAGCUGAAGCCUUUGCCAACGCUCAAUCAGGAAAUGUAAAUCUAUACCCUUACAGCAAUUCAUAUACAUAUUCUUCAGGUGGACAAUCCAGUGCACAAGCCCAAGCUGAAGCUUUAGCGACUCCUCAAUCGUCUCUCAUGUCUCCAUAUCCCGUUUAUUCAUACUCCUCAAGUGGUCAAUCUAGUGCUCUUGCCGAAUCAGAAACAUUAGCGCAGUCGAGCAAUUAUGGUCAGUCAAGUGCGCAGGCACAAGCUGAAGCCUUUGCCAACGCUCAAUCAGGAAAUGUAAAUCUAUACCCUUACAGCAAUUCAUAUACAUAUUCUUCAGGUGGACAAUCCAGUGCACAAGCCCAAGCUGAAGCUUUAGCGACUCCUCAAUCGUCUCUCAUGUCUCCAUAUCCCGUUUAUUCAUACUCCUCAAGUGGUCAAUCUAGUGCUCUUGCCGAAUCAGAAACAUUAGCGCAGUCGAGCAAUUAUGGUCAGUCAAGUGCGCAGGCACAAGCUGAAGCCUUUACCAACGCUCAAUCAGGAAAUGUAAAUCUGUAUCCUUACAGCAAUUCAUAUCCAUAUUCUGAAGGUGGACAGUCCAGUGCACAAACCCAAGCUGAAGCUUUAGCGAAUGCUCAAUCGUCUCUCAUGUCUCCAUAUACUGUUUAUCCAUACUCCUCAAGGGGUCAAUCUAGUGCUCUUGCCGAAUCAGAAGCAUUAGCGCAAUCCAGUAAUUAUGGUCAGUCAAGUGCGCAGGCACAAGCUGAAGCAUUAGCCCAAUCUGGUGGUCUAUCAUUAUAUGGCGCUCCAUAUGGUGGCACAUACGGUGAUCUUUAUUCCCCUGGACAAAGUCAAUCUAGUGCCCAAGCUGAGGCGUCAGCAAACACUCAAAUUUUAGGCAACCUUGGCGCAUCACAGUACGGUAUCAAUCAGCUCUAUCCAGGUGGUCAAUCUACUGCCCAAGAACAGGCUGAAGCAUUGACCAAUGCCCAAUCCCAAACUUUAGAUUUUCCAUAUGGCAACUAUUUUGGAGGUAGUCAAGCUGGUGCACAGGCACAAGCGGAAUCGAUCUCCGCAGCUCAGUUGUAUCCAUCAAUGUAUCCAUAUCCUACCACUAAUAUUGGCCAACUGUAUCAGCCUGGAGUCAACGGAUGGGAUAGCACAGGUCAAUCACAAGCACAGGCACAGGCGCAAGCAGAUGUUUUAAGUCAAUCAUCAUUAUUUGGCGGAUCCUCGGCUAGUGCUGAAUCAGAAGCAAUAGCACAAGGCAGUGCAACUGCUCAAAGUUUAGCACAAUCCGCCGCUUUAUCGGGAAGACCUUUAAUAAAAUCAGGAAAAGGUCUUUGCAAGUACUCUGGUGACCAAUACCAUCACAACUGUCAAGCAUGCUACUGUCUAGCGGAGGCCAGCGGCAAAAUUUACACCCUCUGUCUGGGCAACCCUUGCGCGUAGGAUUCCUGGACAAGGUCGAGAAGAUGACAGUAUCCCAAAAUCAUCAGAGGAAUAGAAAGACACAUAGAACGACCAAGUAUGUCACCAAAACUACAAUCAAUAGUAAAAUAACACUGGAAAGGUACCAGAAGAAUAUUAACCAUUGUGAUUAGCAAAAUGAUAGCACGCUUACAACUAAUAAAAUUACAUUUGCAAAUGAAAU